AAAAGUUAUAAAUAGAGGUGCUGCACUCAAUUGUUUCUUUGACAAACGGGCGGAGUGAGGAGUGACAUGGCGUCGACAAGCCGUGGAGAUGGUCUGACCCUUCCCAGAGUUCAGUGUCCCAACCACCCUGAUGCCAUACUGGUAGAGGACUACAGAGCAGGGGACAUGAUUUGCCCCGAAUGCGGCCUUGUAGUAGGUGAUCGUGUAAUUGAUGUAGGCUCAGAGUGGAGGACAUUCUCCAACGAGAAAGCCCUCAAAGAUCCAUCCAGAGUGGGAGACGCCCAGAACCCACUGCUCAACGGAGGCGACCUAACCACCAUGAUCAGCAAGGGAACUGGCGCUGCUAGUUUUGAUGAAUUCGGCAACUCCAAGUACCAGAACCGACGGACCAUGAGCAGCUCUGACCGGGCCAUGCUCAACGCCUUUAAAGAAAUCAGCACCAUGGCUGAUCGCAUCAACCUGCCAAGAAACAUCAUAGACAGAACAAACAACUUAUUCAAGCAGGUUUAUGAACAGAAGAGCCUGAAGGGGCGAGCCAACGAUGCCAUUGCUUCGGCCUGCCUCUACAUCGCCUGCAGACAAGAAGGUGUGCCGAGAACAUUUAAAGAGAUCUGCGCCGUCUCUCGGAUUUCCAAGAAGGAGAUCGGCCGGUGCUUCAAGCUGAUCCUGAAGGCGCUGGAGACCAGCGUGGAUCUCAUCACCACCGGAGACUUCAUGUCCCGCUUCUGCUCAAACCUCGGCCUGCCCAAACAGGUGCAGAUGGCGGCCACCUUCAUCGCCAGGAAGGCGGUGGAGCUCGACCUGGUGCCCGGCAGGAGCCCCAUCUCAGUGGCUGCAGCAGCCAUCUAUAUGGCCUCACAGGCCUCCGCAGAGAAGAAGACCCAGAAAGAAAUCGGAGACAUUGCCGGCGUCGCAGACGUUACGAUCAGACAGUCUUACCGGCUCAUCUACCCACGCGCUGCAGAACUCUUCCCUCCAGACUUCAAAUUCGACACACCUGUCGACAAGCUGCCCCAACUGUGAAGACUUGAUCCCGACACAGUGACGAUAUUUUUCUGCUGUACUUACAGGACUUUACUCUCCUUUUUUAAAAAAUCAUUUUUGUGUUGGAUUUGGAAGAUUUAUCUGCUCCCUCCUAAGACGUCGAGCCUUCGUCACGGUGCUCCCUCGCAGGAAUAAAAACGGACACAUUCCAGUGCUUAAAUAAACAGCUUUGCAGACUGUACUUACAGUAUUUCAUUUGCUUGUAUAUACUGUAUCAUGUAUAUAUGUCCAAGUGGGAAAAAAUGUAAUUGAUGCUUGCAAUUUUAGGCCGGUUUCAUACUGUAUACAUAAAACUUUGUUUUUGUAGAAAAAUGACCUGGUUCUAUUUUGUUAGUUUGUUUGAAUUGUUCUAAGUAAUUUAAAAAAAAUAAAAUGAAAUAAAAGACUUUCAGUAAAGCAUGGUAAUCAGCUCAUGGUUUGAAUAAUAUUAAACAUUUGUUUACAUAAAACCUGUUUUACUAUCCAAUCUUUUAUAGAAUGAAUGUCUUUAAAAGAAAAAACUCCACAGCCUCAGUGAGCCAUAAAGGUCCGGUGUGGGGGAUUUAGUGACGCCUAGGGAGAGGUUGCAGAUCCAAAACUUCUUGCGUGUGCCAGGCAUUCAAGAGAACUGUUGCUGAUGUAGAGCCAGUGUUUGAUUUGUCCGUUCUGGGCUCCAUAGACAAGGACCCGGUUUGUAUGGAGAUAUAAACAGCUCAUUCUGAGAUAACGAAAACAAUUCUUAUUUUUGUGUGAUUAUAACUGAUAAAAACUGAUUAUAUUCCAUUUCUGCCAACAGAUGUCGCUAAAUCCUGCACACUGGACUUUUUUUAAAUGCGUCAACACUUAAAAUAGUAUUCCACAAAUAAAAGCAAAGUCACUAUUACAAAUGUUUAAUUUGUGCAUUCAUGAUGGGCAACAAACGACUGCAGAAAUGCCUUGUCUUUUUUUUUUUUUUUUUUUUUUUUAACACCGGGGUGAACAGUUAACAGUUGUGUGACUCGUAUUGGUGUACCAUCCAUAAAGUUUUCAUCUGUUCUGGCGACAACAUGCACAAGCAAAGAAUAAUAAAAAAAAAACAAAAAAACCCCAACUUUGUACAAUCUAUUUUCAUCAUUAAGAAAUGUAGAUAAUUAAAAACUAUUGAUAAAAUUAGUGCUUUCAGCUUAAUUGUGUACAUACAGUAUGUAUAUAUAAUAUACCCUGCCCUCCCCUGUAGUGAUUCAAAUCAACAGGUCUCCGACAUUUGAGUCGGUUUAUAUACGACAUGCAAACUGACGAGAGUGUCAUCGGCUGGUUCCUCUGCGUCAGACUGAGACAUGUAACUGAUCACAGAACAGUGUGGGAAGCGUUUCGA